CAAAACCCACAAAUUCAUCAGAACAACGAAGUGAGGAAUUAACAGAGAAACAGAGCAUCAUGGAAUUCCCUUGCAAGGACUUCAAGGUUGGGAAAUGCGAAGGGCAGAAACUGGUGGAUGGAGAGAUGAUGCCAAUGGUUCUGCUGCCACCGGUGGCAGACAAGGCUGAUUUGGAGUCGCUUGUGUCGGCUUUGAAGAAGAACAAUGACUGGUUCGAGCAGAUGAUCAUCAAAAACAGCGCUGUCCUGCUCCGACAACCCAUGUGUACAAAAGGGUGUGGACCGCCAAUGAAGGACCCUUCGUCGGAAUUGACUUACUACCACCAUGAGAUGAUCCUGAUAAAGGAAUCUCCGAUGAAAUUGGUACUUUUCUGUGAGAUGCCGCCACCGGGAGGGGGAGAGACACCAUUUGUUCCGAGGUUUAAAGAGACGGAAGGGAUGUUGGAGUUCCCAGAAGCGGUAGAGGAAAUGGAGAAAAAGGGGUUGAAGUACACAUUCACAGCUCUUAGCAAGAAUGAUAUGUCCUCCAUGAGGGGUCGAGCAUCUCCAACUCCGAAGAGGUUAAGCAGUAAUUUACGUAGCGAAAUUUGUUGCAGGACCAACGCACUUGGGAUGGACAUGGAGUGGCUGCCGAACGGCGGGGUGAAGAUCGUGCUGGGGCCUCGAUCAACGACGAGGGUAUUUGAUGGAAGAAAGGGGCGCAGAAUGUUGUUUAAUACGGUGGUGGGGAUGCAUGGGAAGGAACAUACCUCGGCGUUGAUGGCGGAUGGAACAGAGAUACCAGACAAUGUGGUGAGGAGAUGUGGGGAGUUCAUUGAAGAAGAGAGCAUGCAGUUCAAGUGGGAGAAGGGAGAUGUUCUCUUCUUCGACAGUUUGGCUUUGCUGCAUGGAAGGGGGCCUUCUAAGCCCCCUAGGAGAGUCCUGGUUGCCACCUCAAGUAAUUUGGAUUAUGUUUCUCUGGUUGUUUGUGUCUUCCUUUGACUUCAAUAAUGUAAUAACUACAGCCAAUGGUUGAACAAGGACAUUCAACACCAUCGUCUUGUGAGAGAAGAUUUGGAACAGAAAAAUAAAGUAGUAAACUGAGU